AUGCGCCUUGCAUAUUGUGUUUUGCUAAUUUCCUCACCUCUCUGCAGUAUCUUCCAGGGGUUCAUCGAGACUCAAGAGCAUUUUCUUCUUUCUUAUCCGUUGAAAUCCGCGGUGUGGCUAGGUAUUUGCUUGGAAUUCUUUGUCACUGUCCCUCCGCCUUCUACACUCUCUGUAUUCACGUCUUUUUCUCUUGCCUCCUACGCUGGACCACAUUAUUCCAGCCGCUUCGGUUUUUGGAUGGCCCAUAUUUGGUAUCUGAGACCACCACUGGACAUCCCACUUCAAUUUCGCCUCAUUUCUACCUUCUUUGGUUCUUGCAACUUCUCGCAAAUUAAUCUCUUGCCUCUGCGCUGA